GGUUUGGAUGGAUCCUAGCAGAAGGCUGCGGUGCGGUUACUCUCCUUUUCUCCCAGUCCCGGGGAGGACGCGAUGUCUCCGGCCAAGCUCUCCUCCGCCUUCCUCGGCCGUAGUGGCUCCAGAACCAAUAGCCCCCUCCUCCUUUUCCGGCACCACCGCCUUGAUGGCCUCCUCUUCUUCUUCUCCUCCUCCACGGCCGCCGCCGGUGAUGGGGAGAAAUCGUCUCGACGACCCCAUUUUGUGGUCGAAUACCUCAUCAACUCGUGCGGCCUCUCCUCCACCGAGGCGUCCAAAGCCUCCAAAUCCCUCGCCCACCUCAAAUCCACCGAGAAGCCAGACGCCUUCCUCGGAUUCAUGAGAAGCCGAGGCUUCAACGACACGAGUCUCAGAAAGAUCGUAUCUUGCUACCCCAGAUGGCUCGCUUACGAUGCCGAAAGGUUCAGUCUUCAGCGCACAAUCCAGCCCCGGUUGGAGUUCUGGGCGCGCCUCCUCGGCUCCAAAGACCACCUCUCGAAGCUCCUCAAGAACUACUCACGGUUUCUCAGCACCAGCAUUGAGAAGACCGUCAUGCCCAACCUCUCAAGGCUGCGGGAAUGCGGCAUCUCGGAUCAAAAGACGGCUUUGGUAUUGCGCAAGUCCCCCAUUUUAAUCCUCCGAAGCCCCCAAAAUUUCGGAGAUUUGAUGGAGCGAGUCGAGAGGAUGGGAGUACCCCGCAGCUCGGGGAUGUUCUUGUGGGCUCUCUGGGCUAUCAACCUCAUCAGCGAAGCCAAAUUGGAUGCCAAACUGCGACUCAUGAAGAGUUUCGGGUGGUCAGAAGUCGAAUUCUUUGCUGCCUUCUGCAAGAGCCCACUAUUUGUAACAAAUUCCGAGGAAAUGUUGUCGGCCAGGAUGGCCUUUCUGGUGAAGGAAGUUGGUUACGAGCCAUCACAAGUUGCUCUCCGUCCAAAGCUCUUGAUGCAUAGCUUGGAGAGGAGGCUGAAACCUCGGCAUCGAGUCAUGCAGAUGCUGGAGGCGAGCGGGGUGCCUUGCGGGACAAAGCAGUUCAGCACUGUUAUGAGUCCUUCGGAGAAAUUGUUCAUGGAGAAGUAUGUCAUCCCACACAAGGAGAAGGUUCCAGGACUGUUAGAGAUGUAUCUUGCUGCAUGUGGCAAGGGAAGCACCACCUAACUUUGGGUAUUCUGAUGUGCAAGGACUUCUUUUUGCGUCCUCCGGGGAAUGCAAUGAGGUAUUGCAUUUGACUCUUUUAGUGAUUGUAUUGGCAAUGGUGUUAUCCAAACAUGUUUAGCUAAAGUUAUAUGAUUUGUGUAUCGACCUCUUAGCGAGUGUUGUUUCGAUGAUUUAUGCGUCAAGACAGUGAAUUAGACAAUUGUAUAAAAGAGAAUCCGAAAAGAUUGUAGUUCAACAGUUGAUUGAAGAUGUUAAUGUACACCCCU